AUGUGUACUAAUUGUGCAUUGAACACAAAACUUUUUCUAAACAAAAAAUCGUAUAAAAGUUUAGAAAGAAUUCAUAAUGAGAAAAAACAAAAGAUUAUUUUACAGCAAUGUCAGAAAAUAAAUAGAACUAUAGAUAUUAUAUCGCUUGGCGAUAAUCAAUGGCGAUUCAAAUACGGCCACUACCAAAGAUUAUCAAAUGUAGUUGAUUCCGGUCACUAUGGUCUAAUUCUCGAUAAGAUAAAGAUUACACAAUCGCUGGCGAUCACCAAUGAGUGCAUUGGAAAGCUAGUUAGAUCGAGUGGUGUUGACGAUCAGCUCUUCAAUGCUGUCUAUCAAUUGAAACAAUGGAUGUUUAACGAUGAGAAUCUACUGUUCUAUGCAGUUGAAUCUGGCUCACUGGAAAGAGUAAAGCUAUUGGUGAAUCAAGAGUACCCAGUGGUAUUGAAUAGAUUGCCAACUUCAAAGAUAAAGAUGAACAUUCAGACUUAUGCUUGGUGUCAAUUGAAAUUCGAGAUAUUCGACUAUCUGUUGUCUGACCAAGUUAAACACCAUCAGGAUGGAGGAGAGCUAGCAGAUAUAUCACCGAAAUUGAAAGCGGAAUGUCUUCUUAGAUCGAUUGGAUCACUUAAAGAUUUGUCUAUUUUCCAAACGAUCUGGGAGUCGGAAGAAGGUAGCACGUUGUACAAUAUCAAGAAAGAAUUGAUGCUGGCAAAUCAAUUUCAAUAUCCAAAACAACUCAUUCAAAAGAAGAAUGGAAUUUCAAUUGCCAAAAUGAUGUUUCCAAACUACAAACCAAAUCUUGACCAUCUAGAUGUGUAUUUGUUUAAUAGUUCAAGUCUCGAUAAUCGAGAGUAUCAAUUGGAAGUGAUGAAUUAUGUUGCAAAAAAUCAUAGAGGUAUGGAGAAUGGACUACCGUUUGACAAACUAAAGUUGGAGGUGAAACAAUCCUUAGUUUCUGCAUAUGAGAAGCUGUGUUUAGAUGGUUAUCAAAUAGAUAGGUCAGAGUUGGAUAAUCUUGAAAAGUUUGAAUAUCUUAUGCUUAUAUGCAAGUGUAUCGGAUUGUUGGAGAAAGGUUAUGCUUCAAUUCAAAAUAGCCCGCUUUAUUGGUUCAGGUUGAAUCUUUACAAGCAUUGUGGUUUAAUUGGUUUGAUAUUUAUACUAUCGAUUUCAGUGAGUAAGAUGACACUGCUAAACGAGUUGUUUACUCAUGGCACACUGGAACAAGUGCGGCUUGCAAGAAAAGUAUGGGUGAGCAUCGGGGGUAGACAUAUGGUAUUCGAUUGGUGUAAAGCUAGCUUUGAUAAUCCAGAUCCAUCAGUAUUUAAAUAUCUUAUCUCACUCUAUGGAAUGGAAUAUUUGGUUAAACUGUUCCAGCAUCAAUAUAGUUCCAUAUCACCUGACACUACUGAUAGAUUGGAACUUUGCUUGGCGAUAGAUCCCGGGCUCAGUUUUGUCAGAUGCGUGGAAAGGUUUGAAUUGCAAUCGAUUACACCGGAGUACAUAGACCAAUUAAUCAUUCUUUGGAAGAAGGAAAUCCAUACUCCUGCAAUCACAUCGAUGAUACAUCUGUGGCAAGGUUGUUACAUGAACAACGAUAUUUAUAGCUUCGUUAAGCUGUUGGAGAUUAGAGACGAUGUUGAAUGUGAAAAUUUUCAUUACCUUCAAAGAUUGUUAAUAGCUUCGAUUCGCUCACAAAAGUAUCAGUUUAUCAUUGCGAUAUUGAAGAAUCACAUUUCACUUUUGGAGAACGUCAUUGAUGAAGUGGGAAUUUGCGGUGACAUUCGUGUCAUAGAAACUGUGAUCGAGUGCUCACCCAACGGAAAACUACAAAAUAAUCAACUCAACACAUUGGCUCACUAUCUAUUCCAGAGCGGACAUUUCGAGGCAAUCGAUUAUCUAAGAGCGACAUUCCCAGAGAAAGAGUUAAAUUGGUCAGGUUUUGUGGUGUCAACUAUUUUUCUCGGUCGUUUGGACGUAGUGAAAUACUAUAUAGACAACUUUGCCGAUGAUAUUAGUCUACCAUUGAUUCUCAGUCAAUCUAUAGUCUGUGGUCAAUUGGACACAUUCAAAUAUCUAAUUGAAUACUCUAACAAUACAGAUCAUGAUACUACUUAUUUGCUUCAAACAUUUUUUAAUGAGCCUAACCUCAGAUCAAUAUUGAACUCAUCGUCAGCAGCACUUAUACUAAGGUAUGCAGUAAGUCUUGGUGCUAAAAUAGAGAUAAACGAAAAAAUUCUUCAAAUAGUACAAAAGAAAUCGAUACAAACAAUCAGAUUUUUCAAAGAAUAUCAAGAACAACAGCAACAACAGCAACAGCAACAAAUUGAAUAA